GCUGUCUAUCUGCUGCUGAUCAUUUAAUUCUGUGACAGAUGUGAAGAAUAGAAAGAAAACUGUGAGAAAGAUCCAACCAUACACAAAUAAAUAAGGACUUUAAACAAAUAUGUAAAUUAUAACAGUGAAAUAUUCAGAUAUAUGAUGAAAAUUUGAUGUCAAUAUUAUAUUAAGUUAAAAGCGAAUAUCUUGUUCGACAAGGUUACAUUUUCCGUACAUGGAAUUCACAUGAAUCAAAAUUACGAUGGAGAGCGUACGACGAUCAUGGAAACUGCAGGAAUUUGUUGCUCACAAAGCAAAUGUCAACUGUCUGGCUAUGGGCCACAAGUCCAAUCAGGUGCUGGCGACUGGUGGCGAUGACAAAAAAGUUAAUUUGUGGGCUAUUGGAAGACAGAGUUGCCUUAUGAGUUUAAGUGGACAUACAACUCCUGUAGAAUGUGUGUGUUUCGGUCAUUCUGAAGACUUAGUUUGUGCAGGAUCACAAACAGGUGCUUUAAAAAUAUGGGAUUUGGAAGCAGCUAAAUUGUUAAGAACAUUCACUGGACACAAAGGAGCUAUCAAAUGUAUGGACUUUCAUCCGUAUGGUGAUUACCUGACAACUGGCUCAUGUGACAGUAAUGUUAAGCUAUGGGAUACAAGAAAGAGAGGAUGUAUUGUUACUUACUCUAGCCACCGCCUCGCAGUCAACAGCCUUCAGUUUAGUCCUGAUGGACAAUGGAUUGCAUCUGCUUGUGAAGAUGGUUUAGUCAAAGUGUGGGAUGUGCGUGUUGGGAAAGUCCUUCAAGAGUUUAUGGAGCACACAUCAGCAGUGACUUGUGUCAAAUUUCAUCCUCAUGAGUUUCUACUGGCCAGCUGUGGAACUGAUAGAACUGUUAAUUUCUGGGACAUGGAGAAGUUCCAGUUAGUAUCCAAGUUUGAAAAAGACAACACAUCUAUUAGACACAUGGUGUUUAGUGAUGAUGGUGCAACAUUGCUUGGUUGUGCUAACGAUGGGUUGCAUGUCGUUGGAUGGGAACCAGCCCGAGUGUUUGACACUGUUCAUGGACAUUGGGGUCAGAUUAAUGAUAUCACUGUUGCACAAACACAAUUAAUAGCUGGAUCAUUCCAUUCAACUUAUGUUGUUCUAUCAGUUGUUGAUCUCAAUAAAGUGCAUCCUUUUGGUGGGCCACCUCCUGUAUCUCCUCCAGUUGUAAGAGAUCUUUCACCUUUCCAAAAGGGCCAUUCAGUACGCAAAAGCUUUUCAAAGGAAAAACCACCAAAAGAAGUCAUGCAUAGACCAACUCUUCUUGAUGAAAAGACUGCUGAAGAAUCUACUUCAGGGACUGAAGCAGAUGAGGAUUCAGGUGCUGUUAUACCCAAUUUUAAUGACUACACUGAGAUAUUCCGACCUUCUAGAGCAUUAACACGCACACCUCCACCAGCCACCAGUUUGUCAUCAGAAGAUUAUUCAAUAACAGCACCCGAGAUGACAGAGAAGGCGGUGUCGACGCCCGCGGUGAACACUACGUUGCGCGACCUGAUGCUGGACGAGCCGGUGCCGCUCGCGCGCCCGCUGCCGCAGCCCUCGCCGCCGCAGCGACAGCGCUCCGACCACUACUCGCGCAUCCCCACUUCCACUAAAGAACAUUACAAUCUUCUCGAAAAGAAACCCGAAGGUUUUACCAGGGUGACGGACAACACAAAAGAAAAUAAUGCAUUCACAUCAGCGCAAUCAUUAAGAGAUUAUACCGCCACUCCGCUCACGGCAAACUCGCUUAAUCGACACAAUUCAUACAAAGAAACAAAGUCUACCACAGAUUUGUCUAGCACCAACCUCCGACCAAGUAAUAGUGAGAUUUCAUUAGGGCCACCAACCUUAGGGCCUAGAUCUCUAUCAUUUACGAGAGCUCCUAGUGAAACUCCAAGAAGAAGAGUAGAGACUGCUACUAGAGAAAACGUGGUAGUUUCUCGCAGUGUUGAGACGCCAGAGGCCGAGCCUGAGCCGGAGUUCGUACCUUACACCACAGACAGACCUGUGGGUCUUGAUCUCGAUGAGUUUUUACCCCGCGGCCUCGCGGGCGGCAUGGCGCGGCGCGGCGCGCGGGGCGGCGGCGCCGAGCCCAGCGAGCAGGAGGUGCUGGGCGUCAUGAUGCGCGGACACGACUCCAUGAUGGCCGUGCUCACUGCUCGCCAGCGCGCCUUACAGAUAUUUCAUUCCGUCCGAGUCAAUAAAAGUCUGAGAUCUGCAUUGGAGUCUGUUAUAGCUCUUGAAGAUACUUCAGUCAUACUUGACAUACUCAAUGUUAUGGCACAUAGACCAUCAUUGUGGAAUUUAGAUAUAUGCCUUUUAAUGCUGCCCAAGAUAUAUGAAUUGUUGCAAAGCAAAUAUGAAUCAUAUAUGCAAUGUGGAUGUAAUGCCUUGAGACUAAUAGUACGUAACUUCUCAUCUGUGGUGAGAGCAAAUGUCAGUGCCCCAGUGCGGACACUGGGUGUCGACAUUCCUCGUGAGGAGCGGUAUGCUAAAUGUAUGCAGAUACAUCGGCUACUGCUUGAUGUGCGUGCAUUUUUGCUGAAAAGACAAACACUUCAAGGUCGCCUCGGCGCUGCCUUCAGAGAUCUCCAUAACCUUAUGCAGCAAGGUCUUGACUGACAUGUGAACCACAUGCUGAAUAUCAUGUCAGGAUGAGUGAUAAAAGAACUGACAAAAUAAUUAACUUCCCAUCCUAAGUACUAAUUAAUUAAUAUUUUUAUAAAUCUAACAAUUAUGAAAUUUUCUCACUGUUGACUUAAACUGACUUAGAACUUACUGUUUCAAAAACAUGCAUACAGCCACUUAUAUAUUUAUUAACAAUAAAAGAUUAUAAUUAGAAA